CUACCUGAAAGCUGUGGUUGAAGCCGCUUCGCUCUCUCUGCACGGACUCCCCUCCCUCCCUCGCCAGGGCUUGUGGGAGGGGCAGCAGUGUGAGAGCCAAACACAGCCAGCCUCAGAGACGGUGGAACAGGUCUGGCUAGCAGCAUCAUAGUGUGGCCCCUGGUGGGAGUAGCAGGUCACCCCCUCUCCCCAUCAUAGAGAUGCAGGCAGGGCCCCUGGUCUGGGGGAAGGAGGACAUGGAGCUGCCUGGUAGCUGUGUGUAGUGUCUGCCCAACUACUGGAUGCAACAUCAGGAGGAUACAGGAGGAGCUGACACCCCAGGAUAACACACUUGCUUGAAGCUGAUCCUGUAAAUGUAUGUAUUAUCCAUGAUGGCAGAUCACCAUCCUCCGCCACUUGACAGUACUUCUCUACUGACUACAGAGAUCCCUCUCCUGCCGGCACCAAUUGUGAAUGGGGAAGGAGCUCAGCAGGUUAUUGUGGUGCAUGUCAACCCUGGGGAAACAUUUACAAUAAGAAGAGAAGAUGGCCAGUUUCAAUACUUUGCAGGCCCUGCUGAUGUUCCAAUGAUGUCACCGAAUGGCUCUGUGCCCCAGAUAUAUCUGCCUCCGGGGUAUGCGCAACAGGUGAUUGAGGACAAUGGUGUGCGCAGAGUAAUAGUGGUUCCCCAUACUCCAGAGUUUCACACAAGUGGCCAUGCUGUCAUACACAGGCCGCCUCCUCCGCUGCCCAGCUUCAUUCCUCUUCCAACUAUGAUGCCUCCACCACCUCGACAUAUCUACUCACCAGUGACUGGUGCAGGAGAUAUGGCCUCCCAGUAUACUCCACAAUAUCACCCGGCACAGGUAUAUGGAGAUCUGGAUUCUCUUUCUACACAUGGGAGAUCCAACCUAAGAGACGAAAGAUCGAGCAAAAUACACGAACGACUGCAGAAAAAAUUGAAAGACCGACAUGGGGUCCAAAAAGAUAAAAUAAAUAGUCCCCCAUUUUCACCCAAGAAAAGCACGUCUCCAAUAAGUGAAUCUAAUGGACUUAUAAAAGGGCAGAAUUCUGUUGGUAUAUCUACAGGGCUAUCAAAGAACAAGCACAAAGGAAAAGGAUCCUCUCCAGUGGAAGCAGAAUUGCAAGAAAAAGAUGAAGAAACAAAAGCACUUGAAGCUCAACUUUCAAACAUAUCCAAACCGGAGGUAGCAGACAUUCAAGCAAGGACCGCGGUUCUGUCAUGGUCACCGCCUUCCAGUCUGAUCACUGAGGACAAUGAUGGGACGAGCACCCCUGAUAUUUACACGUAUGAAGUUCUGAUCUCAAACAGCGGGAAAGAUGGGAAAUACAAAGUUGCUUAUACGGGAGAAGAGACCAGCAUUACGGUGGAUGACCUCAAGCCUGCUACAGAUUAUCAUGCCAGAGUUAAAGCUGAAACAAAUUGUGUAAAAGGAGACCCUUCAGAAGCUGUUAGCUUCACCACCCUAAGCUGUGAACCGGAAACGCCAAACCCUCCACGAAUAACAAAUCGGACCAAAAAUUCUCUUACUUUGACGUGGAAGGCAUCGUGUGACAAUGGUUCAAAGAUACAAAAUUAUCUUCUGGAAUGGGAUGAAAGCAAAGGCACUAAGGAAUUCUGCCAGUGUUUCUACGGGCUUCAAAAACAGUUUAGAGUCACCAAACUGUCACCAGCAACAGGAUAUACAUUCAGACUUGCUGCAAAAAAUGACAUGGGUAUGAGUGGAUUUAGUGAAGAAGUCCUAUAUUAUACAUCAGGCAGUGCCCCCACUGUGCCUGCAAGUCCAACACUAAUUAAAGCAGGAAUUAGUUGGUUAUCAUUGCAGUGGACUAAACCCUCAGGCACACCGUCCGAUGAAGGAAUUUCUUAUAUUUUGGAAAUGGAAGAGGAAACCUCGGGGUACGGGUUUAAGCCAAAAUACAAUGGGGACGAUCUUGCGUACACGAUAAAGAACCUGCGGCGUAGUACAAAGUAUAAGUUUAGGGUUAUUGCUUAUAACUCUGAAGGUAAAAGCAGCCCAAGCGAAGCAGUGGAGUUUGUCACAUGUCCAGACAAACCAGGAGCACCGCAAAAGCCUUCUGUUAAAGGGAAAGUGCAUGCGCAGAAUGUCCGUAUAAUUUGGGAGCCGCCAAAGGACAAUGGAGGAGCAGCCAUUACUAAAUAUUUUGUGGAAAUGUCUGAAGACCCCAAUGGAAACAAAUGGGACGUUGUAUACAGUGGGACCGCUCGAGAACAUCUGUGUGACCAUCUGAGCCCCGGAUCUACUUACCGACUGCGUAUUUAUUGCGUCAGUGAUGGUGGACAGAGCUCGGUAUCGGAAACAUUGACUGUACAAACUCCAGCUGUAUUUCCUGGACCUUGUCAGUCCCCAAAAGUUCAGGGGAGGCCAAAAGCAAGAGAAGUGCAAUUGAGAUGGGUGCCACCUCUAAUAGAUGGUGGAUCUCCCGUCACCUGCUACAGCCUGGAGAUGACCUUUCCGGAGGUCAGUGAGCAUAGAGAGGUGUAUCAAGGCCCUGAACUGGAGUGCACCGUGUCCAGUCUUCUUCCUGGAAAAGUCUACAGCUUCCAACUGCGUGCAGCAAACAAAGCUGGGUUUGGACCUUUUUCUGAGAAGUGUGAAAUUACUACAGCUCCAGGUCCACCGGACCAGUGCAAACCUCCACAGUUAUCAUGCAGAUCGGCUACAUGUGCACUUAUACACUGGGAGGCUCCCAACAGCAAUGGUGCUGACAUCACAGAAUACCGGGUGGAAUGGGGCGGUAUGGAAGGAUGCAUGCAGAUUUGUUAUUGCGGACCUGGUUUUUCUUAUGAAAUGAAAGGCCUAUCCCCAGCAAUUGUUUAUUACUGCAGGGUUCAGGCUGUAAACAUUGCUGGUUCGGGACUGUUUAGUGAAGUGGUUGCAUGUUUGACUCCUGCGUCUGUACCUGCUGCUGUGACAAGCCUUUGGGGAGUGAAGGAAGAAGAAAUAGAAAGUGCUCAUUACUGUCCCUCCACCUGCCUUGCUAUACAGUGGGAAAAACCCUUAGCUCAUGGCUCGGAAAUUACUGGCUACACAAUAGACUAUGGAGAAAAACAGACCAUUACGGUUGGAAAAAUUUCAAGCUAUAUUCUAGAACAUUUGCAGCCAGACACAACAUACAGAAUACGGGUCCAAGCCCUGAACAGUCUGGGAGCUGGUCCUUUCAGUCACUCUGUAAAAUUGAAAACAAAGCCUCUCCCCCCCGAUCCUCCCCGACUGGAAUGUGCUGUGUAUAGUCACCAAAACCUUAAAUUGAAGUGGGGAGAUGGAGUUUCCCGAACAUUACCCACAGAUUCCAUUCAGUAUCACCUUCAGAUGGAGGAUAAGAAUGGAAGGUUUGUAUCCUUGUAUAGAGGACCAUGUCAUACAUACAAAGUACAAAGGCUCAAUGAGUCAACUUCAUACAAAUUUCGUAUUCAAGCAUGUAACGAGGCUGGCGAAGGGCCUUUCUCCCCUGAAUAUAUUUUCACUACUCCAAAAUCGCUUCCAGCUGCCUUGAAAGCCCCAAGGAUAGACCGAAUAAAUGAACACAGCUGUGAGGUCACCUGGGAGUCUUUACAGCCAAUGAAGGGUGAUUCGAUUAUCUACAUUCUGCAGAUAAUGGUUGGGAAAGACUCUGAUUUUAAACAGAUUUAUAAGGGACCCAAUACUUCUUUCCGUUACUCUGCUCUCCAAUUGAACUGUGAAUAUCGUUUUCGUGUAUGUGCCAUUCGACAGUGCCAAGAUGCUGCAGGACCUCAGGAUUUAAUUGGUCCUUACAGUGCCACAGUCCUCUUCAUCAUGCACAGGAGUGAGCAACAAGUCACCACCAGCAAGGACACUGUGGAAGCCUCAAGGACGUCAAGGACGCUGAGUGACGAACAGUGCGCCGCCGUCAUACUCGUGCUGUUUGCUACCUUCUCCAUUCUGAUUGCCUUUAUUAUCCAAUACUUUGUAAUCAAGUGAAUAGAACCACCUAGCUUUACUCAGCCCUUUAUUUUAUUUUUUACUUUACACACCCCCCACCAAAAAAUAAUUCGUUUAUUUUCUUAUAUCCUGCUUUUAAACAUGAUGGCGUCUAGCACAGCACCGAGACAACAGCAGCAUGCCAUAUUGUCAUUCUGUCAAUUAAAAUGCUUAUACCGAUAUAAGGUAACGAAUGCUGAACUAGACUAGCAGUUCUUUCUAAUGCCAUUAUGUGUGAUGUUUACACACACCCAACAUCAAAACUCACUUCUUUUUUUUUUUUUUUUCAUGGUUUAAGGACUGAUUUUGUGUAUGGAAGAUACACAAAAUAAGAUCUAUUUGAAGGUCACCCUAAGUGCUGCAUUAAAAAAACAAAACACUUAAAGUGGAUGCCGUGAAAGUAACAUUGGCGCUGUACUUCUACCUCCUCUGUGUCUUAACUUUAAACCCUUUUGCAACCUGGCUGUAGAGGGGUGUAAACAAAUCAGAAAAUGGCGAAUUAGUUAGGAGGUGUAACUCAGGCAAAUAAAUAAACACACAUAUAACUGGAAUUUCUACAAUAGUUUAUAAACUGUAUCAAUUAAAUAAAAAAGAAAAAAAAAAGCUUUUAAAUAUUAGACAAGAAGUUAUUUACUGCAGAAUAAUCAUUAAAGACUAAAGCUGGGUCCAAUUUGCCUGAUGAGAAUCUUUCAGUUAACGUCUUUGCCUUUCAGUCCCAAGAAAGGAGUAUUAUAUUUUAGAGGUAGCAAGUCUGAUCACUUGCUAACAUUAGUAUGAAGCAUUGAAUCUUUCUAGCUACAGUAACUUUUGCUAGAUGUUGGAGCAAUUUAUGUUCUAACACGUUAGUCUGCAGCAAUUUGUGUAUUUGUCAGCACUUUUAGCAAAAGUUUAGACAGGCUAGCAUUGAUUUUUGCUAUCAUUCCAACACCGCUUUCCAUCCUUGGCACUAAGCAUUAAGCGUUGCCUUUUAUUUAUAAUUUUUUUCCCCUUCACCAAACCUAAAGGUAAAACUUUGAAAUUUGCACCAGAUACCUUUCAAGCUGCUUAAUUCCUUGAAGAAUCUAAUGUUUAAUGUUAUGUCUGUCAUAAUUCUGUACCAAAAUGUUGAUUGCAUGUAGUUUAAUGUUGCAUAGAAGCACUUUGCAAUUGCAUUAUUUCAGUGAGCUUGCAUUCGUGAGUUCUCGAACGAAUUGAAGUAUGACGUAGAACAUCUGCGUCGGUCAUCAAACUGCCAGCUUUAAAAAAAAAAAAAAAAGAAAGCAUAUACUGUAUUUUAUGAUAAAAACUCUUCUCACAUUUACACUGUUCUACACACAUUUUCUCAUUCUUUAUUUUUUAUUUUUUUAUUUAUUAUUUCAGAGGAUAGUCGAUCACUAAUGUUUUAGUUGUGUUGGGAUUAAAAUUUUAAUGGAAGUAAACACUUCUGCUGGUUUGACCUACAGUUAUUUUGUGCUUUUCAAGAUCUUUGGAAACCUGUUCCUCCAAUAGCAAUGGGCAUGUAUUGUAAUUGUUUUUGUGUCAAAUAUUAUGUGUUGUAGAAUGUUUUGUUUUUUUUCUGUUUUGUUUUUGUUGAAAAAAAAAUUAUUAUAAAGUUAGGUCUUCUGGUGGUAACGAUAAUCAGUCUAUGACUUUGUGAUGUGUGUGUUUUAUUUUUUGUUUGUCACUUUUUAUGUAGUAGACAAUAUGUUCUCACAGAACACAUGGAUAUAUUUUUUUCCUAGAGCCUUCUAUAUGUGCCAUGUUUGGCCAGUAAAAAUGAGGUUGUGUGUAUUUGCCCGGAAAAUGUCCACAUGGUUGAAUGUCUAUAUAAAGGGUCACUGCAGAGGUUCUGAUGUGACCAAUGUUUUUCAUAGUAAAAUUCAGAUGGAUUCCUAUUUUUGAUAGUAAAUGUCAUUUAAUAGUGUAUUUGCCAUUACGUCUCAUUGCAGAUGUCUGCAGUUGGGGAAAAAAAAAGUUUUUAAUGUUAACCUUAAUUUUACCUCAUACACUGUACAUUCCAAAAAAAAAAAAAAAGAUUUAAAAAAAGAAAUGCUAAACUUUUUAAAAUCUUAUAGGUACACUACCAAACAUAUCACGAUAAAUUGUACAAUGUUGGACUUAAUACAGAGGAAAAUAUGUAUAAUCUCAUAUAAAUAUACAUAAACUAUGUAGCAAAAAUCUUUAAAAAAAAAAAAAAAAAAUUCCGUGGAUAAUAAAAGCUGUAUCAUUCUU